UGGGGGUGCUCUCACCUGUGGGGUGCAGGUGCUGACCCUGACAUUGGGCUGGGUGCCAGCCUCCCUUACAGGGUAUCCCAGGUACGCUGAGCCGCUCAAAGCCAGCCUGGGGCAGGGGAGGGUGGCAAUGCUCAGUCCUGGCAGGAUGGGUCCCCAUUAAACCAACGGGAACUAAUUGUAUGAGCGCAGAUUAGCUGAGUGCUCAGAGAGACAGCAAUAAAAUCCCGAUAUAUCAUCCCAGCCGGGUCCCCUUCCCAGCUAAUCCUGGCACUGUGCUGCCAGGGCUGGCAGUCUGCCUGCCCACCCGCCGGCUAGCCCUACCCCUGAUCACCCGUGGCACUGAGCCCACCGCCCCUCCAGCAGCUGCCAGGACAGCCCUCAUUCCCCUUGGCCAGGUACAGUGGCACGGCAGAGCCGGUGUUGUGUGGCAUGGGGACACAGGUGUGCCAGGAUGGGCACAUUUGCUGGAAGAGCUGCUGGGAUGAGUCAGGUGUAGGCUGGAAAACCUCACCCAAUCUGGGGAACAAGCAGUGGUGUCCCAUGGGUGCUCUGCUUCUCUUUUGGGACUCGGUGCAUGCUGAGCGGGACUGGGGCGGGUACUCUUACCCAGUGCGGGCUUUCCUGGCAGGACAGUGCCUGGGUGCCUUGCAAGCUGGGAGCACCCACCCUGUGAGCAUUGCUCCAGCAGGCAUGGAGGCAGGUCAACCCCAAAGGAUGGAGGCAGGAAGGAGCAUCCCCCCAUUCCCUGGUUCAUCACACUCACGUCCCACCCAGGUUUGGGUCAAUCACCCCAGGGAGCACUUAAGUGCAUGCCCUGGGUGCUGCAGGCAGCAUGCCUUCCUCCCAGGGCCCGCACAGCAGGGAUGGGGCUGUGCACCUGCAGGUGGGUCGGGUGCUGCCGGGUGCUGCCCGUCCCUGCCCCCUCCAAAGGAUGUGCCGCUUUCUGCAUCUUCAGCUCCCAUUGCCAUAGCAACAGGCUCAGCGCUUGGGUACCCGCGAUGCCGGCUCCCGCAUCCCGCAUCCCGCAGCCAUCCUGCCCGCAGCCCUCGCCGCCGGCGCGGCACAGCCAGGCCCGCACGGCACAGCGUGCUGUUUGGGGAGCUUUAGUGCUGGGCAAUGGGUGCCUGCAGCAUCGUGCCAGCUUCCCAUCACAAGGUCCUGCUCAGGCCCAUCCGAGAGGGCUGGGGGACCCCAGGCAGCUCUGUCAUCUUCUGAGCCAUCAAAAAAUAAUGUCAGCUGAAACUUCCUCCCGGUAACACGGUGGGAAAGGGAAAAAAAAAAAAAUCACUUGAUGUGACCAGGUUGUUUUUUUUUUCUGGGAAUCUUCCAAGAAGGAUCUGGUUUUGAAGGGGUCCCAACAGGGAUGCAAGGGGCAAAGCAUCCUUCCUAAAGGGCUGGAGAAGCUGGCGUGUGCCAAGGCUGGUGUCCUGACUGCUGCCGGUGGCAGGAGGGCUGGCACCUCCAAGCUGCAGUGCCACCUGCCUGGUGCCAGUCAGGGCUGGUUGGGGAUGGGAAGCUGAGACUGGUGUAACCCACUGCACAUGUGACAACGUGUGACAAUGCUCCGCCUGGGGAGGCCCCGUCUGCUGAAAUGUUACCGUGGGCAAAACUGGGCUGAGAAACAGGAAAGGAUCCGUUCACCUCCGCUUGCCUCCCCAGUGGGUGCUCCAGGCACUGUGCUAACCCUGACUGCUAAUUAAUUAUUAAUAAUCCACAAACAGAGGCCAGAGGGGCCAGCUUGUGUCUGUGCUGGCAGCCUGAGCCCAGGCAGAGAGGCUGGAUGCCACGGGGAUGGAUGCACAUCGGUGGGGCUGGGCACACGGCGGCUUGCAGCAGCUGCAGAGCAUGAGCAGCCGCUGUGCUCAGGUUCCACGUUAAUUAGCACAGCUCGGGAGGGUCUGCUGUGGCUCCAGGGGGCCCGGCAGUGCCGGGGCACUCACUGCCUCUCCCUGCCCUGCCAGCACCGGGCCCUGCGAUGCCGUUUGGCUGCGUGACGCUGGGAGACAAGAAAGAUUAUAACCAGCCGUCUGAGGUGACCGACAGAUAUGACCUGGGCCAGGUCAUCAAAACGGAGGAGUUCUGUGAAAUCUUCCGGGCCAAGGAGAAGUCAACGGGCAAGUUGUACACCUGCAAGAAGUUUCUGAAACGGGAUGGGCGGAAAGUGCGGAAGGCAGCCAAAAACGAGAUCAUCAUCCUCAAAAUGGUGAAGCACCCCAACAUCCUACAGCUGGUGGAUGUCUACAUCACCCGCAAGGAAUAUUUCAUCUUCCUGGAGCUGGCCACUGGCCGAGAGGUCUUUGACUGGAUCCUGGACCAGGGCUACUACUCGGAGAAGGACACCAGCAAUGUCAUCCGGCAGGUGCUGGAGGCUGUGGCCUACCUGCACUCACUCAAGAUCGUCCACAGAAACCUCAAGCUGGAGAACCUGGUGUACUAUAAUCGCCUGAAGAACUCCAAGAUUGUCAUCAGUGACUUCCACCUGGCCAAGCUGGAGAACGGGCUCAUUAAGGAGCCCUGUGGCACCCCCGAGUACCUGGCUCCGGAGGUGGUGGGGCGGCAGCGGUACGGGCGGCCGGUGGACUGCUGGGCCAUCGGCGUCAUCAUGUACAUCCUCCUCUCGGGAAACCCCCCUUUCUACGAGGAGGCAGACGAGGAUGAUUAUGAGAACCACGACAAGAACCUCUUCCGCAAAAUCCUGGCUGGGGACUACGAGUUCGACCCGCCGUACUGGGAUGACAUCUCGCAAGCGGCUAAGGAGCUGGUGACACGCCUGAUGGAGGUGGAGCAGGACCAGAGGAUCACAGCGGAGGAGGCCAUCUCCCAUGAGUGGAUCUCUGGGAAUGCUGCCUCUGACAAGAACAUCAAGGAUGGCGUCUGUGCCCAGAUCGAGAAGAACUUCGCCCGGGCCAAGUGGAAGAAAGCCGUGCGAGUGACCACGCUCAUGAAACGCCUGCGGGCGCCCGAGCAGACGGACACGGCGGCAGCCCCGGCCCCGGCCGCGACCCCAGCCCCGGCAGCGACCCCAGCAGCAACUCCAGCCCCGGCAACGACCACGGCCCCUGCAACGACCACGGCCACGGCAACGACCACGGCCGCGGCAACGACCACGGCCGCGGCAACGACCACGGCCGCGGCGGCGACUCCGGCCGCAGCCCCGGCUUCCGCCGCUGCGGCCACGGAGCCCGCGGCCACAGAGCCCGCCACCGACACCGCCACGGCCCCGGCCCCGGUCCCCGCCACGGAGCCCGCAGCCCCCGCCGCCACCGCCCCGGAGCCCGCAGCCCCCGGCACACCGCCCGCCGCCGCGCAGCCCCCGGCCCCCGGCACACCGCCCGCCACCACGUGUAACGAGGUCGGGGCCGCCGCCGAGCCCCCCAGCGAGCAGAGCGGCUGAGCGGCCCCCGCGCCCCCUGUACAUAUCCCCGGCAUGGCCCCCCACCCCCGCCUGCGCCCCCUUUUCUACGUGCCCCGCCG